CCUAUCGAUAUCUUGACAGCUCCGAGCUUUAGUUCAGUUGGCAACCCCUUUUUCAAUGUUAUUGACAGCCGGCCGCAAAUUUGUUCGUGUUUUCGAUUAUCGCUCGAUAGUCACUUCCAGUGCUAGAAUGGCGAGCGAGGUGGAGAAAGCCCAAGGGGCAGCUGCAAGCGAGGACACCAUUUUUGGAAAGAUUUUACGAAAGGAGAUUCCCUGCACGUUCAUCCAUGAAGAUGAUAAGUGCGUGGCCUUUCACGAUGUGGCUCCACAGGCCCCAACCCAUUUUUUGGUGAUCCCUCGGAAACCGAUUGCCCAACUUUCACUGGCUGAGGAUGGUGAUGCCGAUUUGCUAGGACACCUUAUGCUGGUCGGUCGCAAAGUGGCGAAGGACCUGGGACUGGCCGAGGGCUACCGCGUAGUAAUUAACAAUGGCAAGCACGGCGCCCAAUCGGUUUAUCACUUACAUUUGCACUUCCUUGGCGGGCGCCAAAUGCAGUGGCCUCCAGGCUAAGAUUCGACUUGGUGUAUUUUUAAAGGUAUCUGAAAUGUCUGUAUUUGGUGUAGCAUUAAUAUACCUAAAAAUAAAUUCAAACCGAAGCUGAAA